AUGGCCACUCAGCUUGUAGCACCUUCCUCUUCUUCUUCCGCCCUUAUCAAGUCUUGGAAAUAUGAUGUCUUCCUCAGUUUCAGAGGUGAAGACACGCGCUACGGUUUUACAAGUCAUUUGUAUCACUCUUUGGUUCAGAAUGGAAUUUCAACUUUCAAAGAUGACGGUCUUCAGAUUGGAGAGGCCGUAUCACCAGCGCUUGUCAAACAAAUUGAAGAAUCAAAGGCUUCUAUCAUCAUCUUCUCUGAAAACUAUGCAUCAUCAGCGUGGUGCUUGGAAGAACUUGUUACAAUCCUCCGAUGUAAAGAAUCAAAGAAGCAAAUGAUUUUGCCCGUUUUUUACAAGGUGGAUUCUUCGGAUGUACGUUAUCAAACAGGCAAUUUCGGCGAGGCACUUACUAAGCUUGAACACAAAUUCCAUAAGAAGAUUCACCAAUGGAGGGAAGCUCUUGCUCAAGCAGCAAACUUGCCUGGAUGGACUUUCUCGGAUGGGUAUGAGUCAGAGUUUAUUCAUCAAAUUGUUGAACACAUUUCGUUUGAUGUACUAGAUCGUAUCUAUUUGGAUGUGGCAAAGUAUCCAGUCGGAAUAGAGUCUCGUGUACAAGAUGUGGCUGAGCUUGUAGGCGUUGGCGGGGAUGAUGUUCGUAUGGUGGGGAUAUGGGGAACUGGUGGAAUUGGUAAAACAACAAUUGCUAAAGCUGUUUAUAAUUCAAUUGUUCAUAAAUUUGAGAGCAGCUGUUUUUUGGAAAAUGUGAGAGAAAGCUCAAUGCCUUACAGAGGCCUAGUUCAACUGCAAAAGAUGCUUCUUUCCCAGAUUUUAAGAGGGCAAGAAUUAAAGUUGACCAGCGUUGAUCACGGGAUCAUUGUGAUAAAGCAAAGGUUGAGGAAUAAAAGGGUUCUGUUGGUUCUUGAUGAUGUGAAUCAAUUAAAUCAGUUAGACAAAUUAGCAGGAGGAUCUGAUUGGUUUGGUUCGGGCAGCAGAAUCAUCAUUACAACACGAGAUCACCAUUUGCUAAUUGCUCAUCAGGUCAAUUUCAUAUACAGAGUCAAGAAAUUAAAUUAUCAUGAAGCUUCUGAGCUUUUCAGUUGGAAUGUUUUCCGAGGACAAAGACCUUCAAAUGAUUUUGUGAAACUUGCAAAUUAUGUAGUACGGUAUGCUGAAGGUCUUCCAUUAGCUCUGUUAGUUUUAGGUUCAAUUCUGUGUGGAAGAACUGUUGAGGAAUGGCAAGAGGCAAAGGAUAGUAACUGGAAAUUUUGCAACAGAAGCCUUCACCAAACUCUUAAAAUAAGUUAUGAUGCAUUGGAUGAUCCAGAGAAGGAAGUUUUUCUUGACAUUGCAUGUUUCUUCAAUGGGGAAAAUAAGAACCAUGUGAUACAAAUACUAGAAGGUGGUGACCUGAACCCUAAGAAUAGUAUUAGUGUGCUCCAAGAAAAGGCCUUCAUAAAUAUUAAUGAAGAAAAUCUCAUUUUGAUGGACAACUUGCUGGAACAGAUGGGAAAAGAAAUAGUGCACAAUGAGUCUCCAAAUGAACCCUCUAAACGUAGCAGAUUGUGGUUUCACGAAGAUGUUUACGAAGUUCUAACAGAAGGAACUGGAACCAAUAAAAUUAAAGGGAUAAUGGUAAAGUUGCCGGACCCAGAUGAGAUAGUAUUGAGUGCUACAAGCUUCUUAGGGAUGAAAAAUCUUAAAUACUUUAUAAAUUGUAAUGCAUCUUUUUCUGGAUUGUUCGAUUAUCUCCCGGACAAGUUACAGCUAAUUGACUGGCCUGGUUUUCCAUUUCAAUGUUUGCCAUUAAAUUUUAUUCCAAAGAAGCUUGUUAAACUCAAUAUGCCUCGCAGCAGCAUGUCACGACUGGGUGAGAGAUUCAAGCUGUCCAAAAGUCUGAGAUAUAUAAAUUUGGAAGGCUGCCAAUUGCUGAGAGAAAUCCCUGAUUUAUCUGGAUUCCCAAAUUUAAAGGUCUUAAAUCUGAACAACUGUACAAGUUUAGAUGAGGUUGGUGAUUCUAUUGGCCUUGAGAAGCUGGUUGCAUUGAGCCUUUCUGGAUGCAUAAAUCUUACUGGACUUCCAACACUUAUCUCCUUGAAAUCUCUGGAAUAUGUAAAUCUUAAAGGUUGCAAAAUGUUCAAGAGUUUCCCUGAAAUUGUGCCAGGGAUGGAAUUCUUGACAAGCUUGGAUAUAUCGGGGACUGCCAUCAAGGAAUUGCCAUCAUCAAUUGCAAAUCUCAUUAGCCUUGAAGAGUUAACAAUUAGAGGAUGUAAAAGCCUUACAAAUCUGCCAUGCAGCAUAUUUAAGUUGUGUCAUCUAUGGUCUCUUGAUCUACAGGACUGCUCAAAACUUGUCACCUUUCCAAAGUGGAGUGCAGAAUCAGGUUCGGCAGAACCUGACUUGAGUAAUCUUAACCUUCGUGGUUGCAAUAAGCUUCAAGAAAUUCCUGAACUUCCACCAAAAGUAGAUUGGGUGAAUGCUACUGAUUGCAUUUCAUUGGAACGAUUUGCAAAACUGUCAAACAUCUUGGAGCAUAAAGAGUCACAAAUGUUCAAAUGUCUCACAUUGUUCAACUGUAAAAAAUUGUGUGUUAGUCUUUCUCAUGGCAUGGCAGAGAUUGAACAUAUUUUACUGGAUAAGAUCUGCUCUCUCUUUCUCUCUUGUACGCAAUCUGAAUUUGAAGUUGUCUUUCCUGGAAGUGCUGUUCCAAAGUGGUUCAACCACCAUGAAGAUUUGAAGGCGCGAGGUGAUACAUCUGAAUUUUCUUUUGAAAUCCCUCGAAAUUUCAAAGUAGGGACCAAAGGGUUGGCUAUCUGUGCUGCAGCUGCUUCUGUUGAAGAAAUUAACUCAAAAGAACAAGAAUCUGCAUAUAAUAAUUGCUCUUUUGCCGUCAGAAUUGACAUUGAUGAAGAGAGCAUUGUUACGCGUUCUUUUAGUUUUGAAGCAAAAGACAUGCACUCAGCUCAUAUGUGGCUGCUCUAUAUUCCAUUCAUUAAGUUUGCCUAUCGUCGAUCCCUGCCUUUUUGCUGCCGAGUUAGAUUGGAACAGACUAGCCAAGGUUCAGUGAGCUGUAAAAGCUAUGGUGUCCACCUUGUAAAUACAAAAGCUGAAUCUGAAGACGAAGAUGAUGAAAAAUUGGAAGAUGAUUACCUUCUAGAUGAUGAAAGUGAUGAAGAUAUGAAAGAGUAGUACUUCUGCUAUGAAGAGCGUGAGAUCCCUUCUGAUAAAAAUAUCGUCAGAACAUGGAAGAGCAUGAGAUCCCUCCAAAACAUUAGUCUUGACUUUUGCGGAAGGCUGGAGAGUUUCCCAGAAAUUGUGGGAGAGAUGAAAUACAUGACAUCCUUGAGUCUAAUGGACACUGCCAUCAAAGCUUUGCCUUCAUCCAUUGGAAAUGUAAUUGACCUUCGGAUGUUGAAGGUGCAUG